AUGAAAUUAGAUAAAAUUGUUUUUGUUAUAGGAGUAGUAUCUUCACUAUUUAUUAUUUUGGCAUUAAACACAAACCCAAAAGUAGUAAGAUUUAAUAAGAAAGACAAAAAGAUAUCUAAAUCUUAUAAAAAAAAAGAAUCAAUAAGUAUAACUACUGUUUCAUUUAUUUCUGUAUCAACCCCUCUCAUUUUAUUUUUUACAGUAUCUCGGAUACUUAACAUAGACUUUGAACGGGAGCUUGAAUUUUACAUUAGUUUUUUAACGUGUCAACUCUUUAUGGCAGCUUUGGUAGAAAAUUUCAAAAAUAUUUGUGGAAGAUUGAGACCGGAUUUUCUUGAUCGGUGCAGGCCGAUGAGAGGUGUUUGUACAGGAAAUAAUAAGGUUAUACGAGAAGGACGUAGAAGUUUCCCAUCUGGACAUUCGGCUACUGCAGCGUGUGGAUUUUCAUUUGCUUCACUUUUUGUUGGUUCCAAAUUUAAAAGUUCUAGUCAAAACUCCUUUUUAAAAAGUAAGAUUUUAAAAGGAUUUUUAUUGUUUCUUUGUAUAUUAUUUCCUUUGUAUGUCGGGUUUACUAGAUAUAUAGAUAAUAGGCAUCAUAUUUCCGAUGUAUUGGGAGGAUUUUUAUUUGGAAUUAUGUCUAGUCUUUUUUUUUAUAAUUUUUAUUCUAAAAGACACAUUUAA